AUGUCAUUGGUAAAGUCUCUUACGAAAGAAUACGAUGGGAAUCUUCGCUCCUUUGCUGAAGUCGUGAUGGACCUCCAGGAUACGUUCCUGUUACCAAAGAAGAAGGACAACGAUGUCAUAGCAGAGCAGCAUGAGGACGGAUCUGUGCAGGGAGAAGUGGAAGGUCCGGUACAAGAGGACGAGCAAGCUCAGACACAGGAAGACGGUGGUAUCCCCGAGGUAAACAGUGACCAGCCGAACAAUUCGCCAGGCACCGCCCAAGGACUCGAGAGUAGCAAAUCUCUCGCCCGUAACCAGCCUGUAGAGGCUUCGCAACCCGACAUUCAUAACCUCGUGGUUAGUGCUGCCUGUCUUGACCAGCAAGCCGAGGCCCAGUCUAUCGACAUCGCUGUUGACGACAUUGCAACAACGUUGAACCCGCCAGUAGAAGACAAGGGUGGCUCGCCAUCCAGCAGAACAAAUUAUUCUGCUACCCACUUCGAAGACCCGCAAGAUGUGCAGGACAUGGCUAGAUCAGAAAACGAUGGCGAUAUUGAUGGUCGAACAGUACAUGAAGUGCAAGAAGUCGGCAUCGGACAGGAGACCGGAGAAGCACUCCCCCACGAGGAUCCGUAUAUCAAAAGUUCCAAAGGAGAGUGGGAUAGGAUUGAGCAGGCCAUAAAAAAGCUCGAGCGAUGUGAGAAGACUUAUUGGGAGAGGAAAGAAAAGUUCGAACAGCACUACAAAACGUUUGAUGAAAAGCUGGAUAAGUUCUGCUCAAUCAACCCACGCUUGAGUAGAGCGGAUGCAGAAAAGAAAUUCGGGCGACACUUCCUCCAGGUAGGGGGCAAUUUCCGUUGUUCUUUAGGUGUAGCAGAGACGUCGCUCAAGAAAGCCCGAAUUGAGGCGAAAGAAGCAGGAGUCCACGAUUGCAACUCAUGGGACCAGGAGUCCGGCUUCCUUUCAGUGGCGGGGGAAGGUCCGGAUCCAGAAGACACCGGAUACCUGAGCGAUAGUCGCGAUCGCGAAGUGGUGAUGGAGUGGCUGCAGAUGCCCCACCGCUCAGAAAAAAUGCAGCCUUCUGAGUUCAAGUUCGCGACAUCGAAGGUGAGCGUCGAUCCUUGGGAGAGCCAUUCCACAAGGGGAGACUCAAGCAAACGGAAGAAGAUAGACGAAAAUGUCGACACUUGGGAAGCUCAGUCCUCCAAAGCGUACUCAAGCAAGCGGAGGAAGAUUGAAGAGGAUGUUCCUUGGGUUGCGUCCAACGACAGCAAUGACAGCGCGUAUGGCACCGCCAAGGAAGACAGGGGAGACCAGAAGCAAUCGGAAGGUCCAAAGAAGAGACCUCGCGCAAGGGCAGAGGUAACCCGUAAGCGACGUGCCCGAUCAUUCGACGCGCUUCCGGGUCACAAGGUCGUCAAAGAGAUGUAUUCCGACAUGCCUGUAGAGGAUCACAGCGUGAGUGUUGACCCCUCCGUAAUAGUCGAUACCGAGUACUGA